AUGGAUCCCUUCAACAACCCGAACAACCCGAACAAUCCCAACAACCCGACCCAACCGAAUGUUUUCUCGGUUCCGGAAUAUUAUCCGACGCUAGAACCGAACCAAUUCUCGCAAUAUUCAUCAAAUGCGUUUGCAUCAUUCCAACACUCGCCAAACCAAUUCGCUCAAUUCUCUCAAAAUCAAGCCCUUCAACAAAUGAUGAUGCGGGUUGCUUUGAAUUUCCCACCGAACCCGACACCACCCGUUCAACCCCAACCGAUCCCGACGCAACCCGUUCAACAAUUCGAACCCGACGACGAUAUGGAGGUUGUUCCCGAAACCCAACCGUCUAAAGAAAAAGGUAAUAACCAAACGGGUGACGGGUUUUGGUCCAAGGUUUUGGUGAAGUUCCCCGAGCUUAUGGACCAAGGCCCGUAUCGAGAUAUCGACUCGGUUUCAUCAAAGUGGCGGAAAAUGAACGCGUCCGUCAAUAAGUUUUGCGAGGAAUAUAAUAAAAUAUAUACAAGCGGGCGUCGUAGUGGCAUGAGCGACGACGAUGUAUUCAAAAAAGCGUUGGAGAAGUAUAAGGCGAACAAUGGUAAUACCAACUUUGCACACGUUCACGCGUGGGGAAUUAUGAAAAAAGAACCAAAAUGGGCGCCGAUUCCCAACGAGGUGGAGAUGCGAAACGCCAAAAAACAUCGGAAACGGGUUGUACAUGAAGCGGAGCGUCCACCGGGCCGAGACAAAUCAAAGAAGGAGCGGGCCAAGGGGAAAGAAAAGGAAAAGGUGGACCCGAAGAUGGAAGAGUUUAUGGAACACUUAAAAACGCACACGGACGUCUCGGCCCAAAAGGCGAAGGCGAAGGAGCGGGCCGUCGAAGAAAAAACUCGUGUAGCGGAAGAAAAGUUACGCGAGAAGAUUCGAUUGUCGAAUAAGAAAAUCCGAAUUUCCGAUGAAAAAAUUCGGCUCAAGGAUGGGAAAUAA